GUUACUAAGCUUACGAUUUGUAUGAAGCUUGACCCCUUGUUUUUUCUUUGUAAACUAUUUUACGAUACUAAAGCUGCAAAGAAAUAAUGAAUAAACUCAAGUUCGUUUUCUUACCAAAACCACGUUAUCGUAACUGUGAGUACAUAAAUAUGUAUGUAUGCGAAUACGUACAAACAUAUUUAUUCAUUUCGAAUUUUAUUCUCACUAACGUACGUACAUUUGUACAUAAUUAAUUGAUAAGAAGUAUGCCCAUUCAUCAAGGUCAGCCAAAACUAAGAGAUGAUCUGCACUUACUCGUUAUCGUACCAGGUAAAUGUUCCAUGACAACAGUCUGAAGCUGAUUGAACCAUUUUAUGCACUUAUUCUUCUACAUACAUACUUAACACCAAUAUCAUAUGGUGAAUGCAUAAAAGAUCUCCCAACGCUGAACCACUAUUGUAUCAAAUUUAUGGGUUUAUUUUCGAACAUUCUUAUCGUAAAAAAACUGACCAGUUUGAAGUAACACACAAAAUAACACAAUGGGAAAAGAGAAUCAUAAUGUAAAAAAUCCUAAAUUGGGACAUAUUACAAGUAAACUUGUCCCACGAAAGAAAAAGCCUCGACUACGAGUGAUUGCACGAGAUCGGCCUUGUGAUGUCUGCUACGAUAAAGCUGUUUCUCACAAUUAUGGAGGAGUAUCAUGCAAUUGUUGCCGAUCUUUCUUUCACCAUUUCGUACUCAAAAGCAUUAAGGAUAAUUACUCCGCCAAUUACUCAAAUCUUAUGAAAAGUUGCAAGAACAACGGAAACUGCAAAAUUGAUCUACUUACACGAAGAAAGUGUAAAACGUGUCGAUUUUUUAAAUGUCUAAGCAUUGGGAUGGAACCCGACUGGGUAAUUUCUGAUUUUAAAAGGACAAAACAAAGUACACAAAAUUCAACACCCAGUGAGAAUCAAAAAAUUGAGGCACAUGAGGAUAUUAAAAUUGGGACAUCAACUCCUCCUCCAGUUCAAGGAUUGAGCCUCGAAGAAGCCGAAAUCAUUGACAAUAUUCCUAAAUUUUACAAAAAAGCUUGCGAAUUAAUUCCUUAUAAUUACGUUUCUCGAUCGAAAACCGAAGUUUUGACGACAACAAAACUUCACCUUCUAAAUAUUGGAGUAAAAUCUACAAGUAUUCGUAGGUUUGUAUGUUUUGCAAGGAUGCUCCCAGAAUUUGAACGCCUUUCUUUACACGACCAGGCCAAUUUGUUGAGACGAUCCGUGAUAGAAAUGUUCGUUAUUCGAGGCGCAUUUACCUUCGAUUUCGAGAAGCGCUUAUGCUAUUUUGAUGCGGAUAACUUACCAGAACAAUACCCCGACGUUUGUAUAGACGAGUGGGCAGGUAUGUAUCCGGAGGAACUCACAGAAAUGCAUGUCGAACUUUACAGAAGAAUUCGGUCGCUUGCCCCCGAUGAAGCAAGCAUCAUGUUGCUCAUUCCUCUCGUAUUGUUUUCCGAUUCUGGUGGAAACGAUAGCUGUACCGAGUUUGACGAUCGUGAAGGGAUCAACGCCGCCCAGGAAUUUUAUACUGGAUUAUUACAAAAAUACUUGAAACACGUGUGGGGAGAACAAAGAGGGAGACUUGAAUUUCCAAGGCUACUCGGCAAACUCGUCGAUAUUACUCAGGCUAGUCAUCUGUAUCAAGGAUUUCCUCUUAAACUGACUGAAGACCAAGUUGAUAAAAUGCAUAAACACUUGCUAGACCUUCAGCGAAUGACGAAAACUUCACCACUUACUGAUAACAAAUUCCACUGGGACAGAAAUAAUAUACCUCGAGAAAAACUUAUAAAGCAAAAGGAUUGUUGCAAGAAAUACAUGUCCUCGUCGAAAAUCCAUGAUGGUCUAAUACACGAAAACGAUGUCGAACACGACAAAAAUGCACCCGCCUUUCCAUUCCUGAUUCACAUAUUUGCUAGUAAUCCAGGCCAGUGGGGAGUACAACCGGACUACUUUAUUAAUGGUCCACAUUUGGGCGUGGAACGCGCUUUAAUGCGGAGAAUGCCAGAACUUUUAGAAAACCCAUGGGACUCUUUGGUCAAGAAUGUUUCAGAAUUACGGAUUUUUUAAUUAUGAUGCAAUUGAGAGUGACGGUAUUGAUUUCAAAAUGCUUGAUGAGUGAGAAUUAAAACAUUUUUUUGCAAAAUUGUCUGCUAAUGCAUGUGAGGAAUAAAUUAUCCGAAAUAUAUAAGUUAAACUGAGCCAUAUGUACAAUAAAUUUUAAUAGUAAUAUCAACA